UAUAUCGUAUAGCCUUACUCUUGCUUGAUUGGAUUUGGAUAGAUACCUACUACGCCUUGCUUUGUCGCAUGCAACUGUACACGAACCAUUCGUGCCCUAUUCUCUCUUCAAACUCACCACACGCACAUACCCCUACGCUCUCUCUCGUUUUCUGGUCGAGCUCGCGCAGAAUACCUUGGUAGCUGAAAGCGCCAAACUUCGCGUUUUGAUUUGCAUUCCAACGACUAGACUGAUAGUUUUGUCCAACGCCAACCGUGACCGACAAACCGCGCCAGACCGCCUUAGGUUAUUGGAGAAGUUGUAGCGCGUAGGCUCCGAGCAGUGCGCGCCGAGUAGCAUAACUACCCGAAAAAACAACAGCAUACGAUACACGAUGAAUAACUACGCGAGUAAUAACAUGAACGAGUACAAUGCCUCGGUGCGCCCAGGAUCAACGAGAGCAGGGUCGCGAUUCGCGCCUCCAGUACGAAAUCCGGAGCAUGCCGAGCCUUGGGAUCAGAUAAGCGACGAGCAUCGGAACGAAAUCAACGAUUGCUUCCACCUCUUCGACAUGAACAAAGAUGACCAGCUAGACUUCAGCGAGUUCCGGUACGCGCUGCAAGCCCUCGGCUUCUCAAACCUAUCGCGGCCCGACCUCAUCGCCGCCUUCAAAUCCGCUGCGCGACCACGGCCUGGAUGGACCCCCCUGCCAACUCUUCCGAACCAGCCGCCCCCGCAGACGACUCCAGGCGUGGUCGAUCUCCGGCUCUCGCGCGAGGGAUUCCAGGCCGUGGCCGCGCGGUAUGUCGCAGCGCGCGACCCCCGCGAAGAGCUCCUCAAGACCUUCGCGCUGUUCGACCGCGGUGGAAAGGGCGUCAUCACCGUCGAUGACCUGCGUGGCGUCGUCAAGGAGCUUGGCGAGGAUGUGCCGGACAACGAGCUGCAUAGCAUGGUCGAGCAGUUCGACGUCGAGGGUAAAGGAGGCGUCAGCCGUGAAGAGUUUCUAGGUAUCUUCCUCGAUAGGUGAUGAGGGCUCAAGUAAACUCCGCUGUAGACUCGUGAACGCAACUGCGUGGUUUAGUGGCACAUGAGUGAUUAAAAGCCGCUGCUGCCGCUGCCAAAAAAACCAACAAACAAACAAAUAUUGGGCAACAAGCGGCGCUGCUGUCUCGUGGGAACAGCUAAGAAUAACCUGUGUGGAGCGGGAUGGCGCGGGGGAGGGAAAGCAGAGAU